AAACUUGAUCCUUCAUCCACAUGUGACAAUGAAACUAUUGAAGUGUAUGAUGGUCCUUCAACAGCUGCACCUCUCCUGGGGCGAGUGUGCAAUAGCCACGAAUCUGUUCCAGUAUUUCAUUCAACUUCCGGAACCCUAACAUUUCGCCUAUUAACGGACUCCACAGAUUUCACAAGGAACGUGUUUGCAUUUUAUUACUACAUUACACCUGAUUUAUCUACCAUUAAAGACUGUGGAGGCUACCUUACUGGCCCAGAUGGAUCAUUCACGAGCCCCAACUACCCCAAGCCACAUCCUGAAUUUGCAUACUGUGUCUGGCAUAUAGAAACAGAACCAAAUACCAGGAUAAAUUUAACUUUCAGUGAAAUUUUUUUAGAAAUAGAUCCUGAAUGCAGGUUUGAUUUUCUUGCGAUUUACGAUGAUGCAACCACGGACUCGGGUUUAAUCAAACAAGUAUGUGGUCGUACAACUCCAACAUUUCAGUCUUCUUCCAAUGUCAUGACUGUCGUACUAUCAACAGACUAUGCCAAUUCAUACAGGGGCUUUUCUGCUCAUUAUACAAGUAUUGCAACAGCAGAACCCAACAUAUCCCUCAACUGUUCUUCUGACAUGAUGACAGUGAUUCUCAGCAAAUCUUAUUUGGAUUCACUUGGCUACAAUGGAGAUGAUUUGACUCUGAAUGACGCGGCUUGCAGGCCUAUUACAUUAAACCCAGUGACAUUUUCUUUUUCACUCAACAGCUGUGGAACAAGAAAAAUGAAUGAAGACCAUGGCAUCUCCUAUAGCAACACUAUCACUGCCUCCCCCACUGGUGAAGUGAUCACCCGCCAAAACUAUCUUGAAAUCACUGUGAAGUGUAUCAUGGAAAAUAAUUCCACAGUAGAAGUCAUGUAUAAUACAAAGCAUGUAGGUGGCAUUAAUGAAAGUGCCCAGGGCAGAUAUGACCUCAACAUGUCCUUCUAUACAUCUGAGUUUUUCACCACACCAGUACUUGAGUCUCCAUACCAGGUAGACUUGAAUCAAACUCUCUACAUCCAAGUAAACCUACAUUCCUCUGAUGCCAAUCUGUUAGUGUUUGUGGAUACUUGUACAGCAUCACCGAACCCUGAUUUGGAAUCACCAAAAUAUGAUUUGGUCAGAAGUGGCUGUGCUAAAGACAGCACCUAUGCAGCCUAUCCACUUCUUGAACAUUACGGAAGGUUCAGGUUCAACGCCUUCAAAUUCCUGAGGAGCGAUUCAUCUGUUUACCUGCGCUGUCAAGUUCUAAUUUGUGACAGCAAAGAUUAUAAUUCGCGCUGCAUGCAAGGCUGUGCCUUUCGCCAUAAGAGAGACAUUUCUUCCUACAAAUGGAAAGGAGAAGUUAUGGCGGGACCUUUCCGCCUGAAGCAAGAGCAUGGUCCUAUGGGCCGCUCAGAUGUGUCCAUUCCAGUUUAUCCUGAAGAAAGCCAAAACGCACAAUCCAAUGGCAUGUACAUCCUUACAGUUGCUGUGCUGGUUAUGAAUGCUGUUCUCCUGGUUGGUUUGGCAGUAAAACAUCUCAUCAGUCAAGAAUCGGGAUACCGAUAUCAGAAAGUGCAGGGCUAUUAA